AUGGGAGAGGAGUCUGCAGUCACAGAGGGAGGCCAGGCAGAAAGCCUGAACGCUGAACUGCUCUACCAGAAGGUCUGCUUGGCAGCCCGGCAUCUCGACCUCUUCCUCUGGAAAGAAAACACCCACAAAGAGGUGUUCAAGCCUCACGUCCUGGCACUGAGGGGCGAGCUGCAGAAGGUCUGCAUCCAGCUCAUGUUCCUGCACCCGGUGGCUUACGGGAGGAAGGCUGAAGAGCUUUUGUGGAGGAAGACAUACUCCGACAUCGCUAUGCUGCUAUUGAACAGCAAACAUAUGGCAACCUUUCAACGCUGGGAGGGCCCCUUGCGGGCUCAUCUGAAGGCAGGUCUAAGAUUCUAUGAGCAUCUUUUCCUGUUCCUUCAGGGUCACUACGAGCUCAGGCUACAGAGCUACCUAGAUUGGCCUCAUUGCACCAUGCAUUCCAUUGGCUGCAAGAAAGUAGGACCCACAUCAGAGGAAGAGGCUGCCUGGGCUCGCAUGGCGUGCCAUCGCUGCUUGCUCUACCUGGGAGACCUGUUCCGCUAUCAGAAUGAGUUCCUAGCACUGGCCACCGAGGACUUAGCGGAGAGAUGCUACUUCAAGGCCUUAUCCGUGGCUCCUCACAUGGGAAUGCCCUUCAACCAGCUAGGAGCUCUUGCCGGGAGCAAGUACUAUGGUGUUGGAGCAACCUACUUCUAUCAGCGCUGCCUGCACUCGGAGGUGCCUUUUAAAGGGGCAGCUUGGAACCUCAAGCGACUCUAUGAUCAUGCAGGGAAAAGGUACAGUCGCCUGAAGAGGUACCAGGGAAAAAAACUGUCUCCCAGGCAGAAGCAGUGUUGGGAUAACAAAAGGCUGCUAGUGAGCUUCCUCUACCUACAGAGCCUCCUGCAGCCCCAGCGCAAAGUCAGGGCAGCCAGACUGCUCGCCUUGUGCCAGUUGGUUCUGGAAGACUUUCGCCUCUGUCUUUCCUAUCGGCCAUGCCUAUCUGACUCGAGCCAGGCUGUCCCAGGGGGAAAGCCCUCCCGCCGCGGCUGCGUGUUUCUUCCAGACGUCCUCAUCUCCCACAUGGUGGCUCUUUGCCUCAUGAACGUGCACAGCCUGAAGAAAACCGGCUCCAGGCGACACCGGCUGGCGGUUAUCUUUAUCUUGAGACUUUCCUCUCAUCUCAUUCAGCAUGUGAGUACACGAAUCCAGGCCAGACUCCAGCAAGGGAGACAGACUCCAGACACAACUGGCUCAGGGGAUGGGAUCCAGGAGAUGGGGACUGGGGAGGGGCAACGAGACUUUCCAGGCCCCUGUCCUGAGCUCCCGCAGAGCCAGCCACACCAAAGCCUCAGGUGGUCUUGUGUGUCUGGCAAAGAUUCCGUGUCGGAAGUCAGUUUUCACUCUUUCAGUGACUCAGAUUCGGAGAGCGAUGAAGAGGGAGGCACAUUGUUCAACUCCCAGGUCCACUCAGAAGCAUGGAAUGAAACUUCAUCCUCAGAUUCCACUGAUGAUGAAGGGGAUGAUGCUCCAAAUUCAGAAGCAAGGCAGGAAGGCAUGGCCACGGCCAGAUACAAAGGUGCACAUCUCAGGAGUGAGUCAAAGACUUGUCAAUCUUUCACUUGUCUCCUAGAUCUCUUGAAAAUGACUGUUUCUGCUAGCCUGCCAAAGCCAUUGGGUCCAAAGCUUCAAGCAAAACAGGGCUUGCCCUUGGCUGCUGCCUUUGGUCCUUGUGCUUUGAGGCUACUGUGUGAGCCAGGUCCUGUCUGCCACAGCACAUCUGAGGUUAAGGAUGACAUGAGCAGUGGUCUUGAGACAGAGCCUCCUGCUGCCUCCUGCGGGGGAGAGAAAGCUUCCAUCAGCCAGGGUUGCUACAAUCGCCAGAUUGUUCAAAGAAAAUUAAGCAUUCUCUCUGCAGAGGGGCUGCUGCCCACCAUCAAGGUGAUUCUCAGCUGGUUCCGUACCAAUCACAGCCUCCUUCCCACGUGUGGGCAGAAGCUAGUGAGCCUGUGGGAGCACCUGUGUGUGCUGCUUAACUGGCUGCCAUCUGUGGGAGAUCUUCAGGAACCAGACCUGGGCCUGUCCCAUUACCUGCAUGACCUUCUGCAGAGCCGUGCGGUCAUAGAGGGCCUCGGGUCCCCAUGCCUCCCAGAGGACAUUGCACUGUGCCAGCACUCUAACCCACAGGUAGUCCAGGGCAGACCUGGCUUAGAGCAGGAAGCUCCUCCACUCAGCCGCCAGGAGGAAGCUGCUGUGCGCAUCUGUUUCCUCAGAAGCUUCGGCCACUUUGCCACCAAACUCCCAGGACAAUUCUUGAGAUAUGACCCUAAGCUGGGUAUAUUUGUGAGUACUGCAUCUGAAGGGCUGGAAAGCUCAUCUCAUGAGAUUCCAGCGAGAGCUCCAAGAAUCACAUUCUCCAAAGACGUUGUUCAGCUGUGGCUUCAGCGUGAAGUGAGAGAUCUGGAGAAGACCCCCAGGAGCCCUCAGAGUCAGUCAGUUUUGGCUCCCUAUCUGUUUCCAGACUCCCAGGCUCUCUGCGACCACCUUCCAAUCAUCCAGCAACUUGUCAGCAGCGGUAAGUUUUUCCUCAUCAUAUCCAAGACUGUGGUCGACAUACUCUAUGUCCAAAAGAGGGAAGACCACAGGGCCUCAGCAGUGGUCACCUUCUUAGAGGAUGAGCUAAAGAGGGGCAACCAGUACAUUCUAUGCCAGUCCUUUGUGUCCAAGAGGUUGGUGAGGCCCAGGAUGAUAAAGCCAGACGCUGAUGCCUGGGACCUUUAUAAUAUUCUUGACUUCUGCAAAAGUCUGCUGGACUCCUCUGGUGCAGGGACAUCUGAUCCCAGCAGCUUGGUUACUAUCAUCACUGGCAUCUGCUUGGACAAUCCUAGGAAUCUCUCAUACCCUCUGCAGCUGGUGUUGGGGACAGCAACGGAAGCUGGUGUGGAAAUCAAGAAUGUCCAGUGCUUCCACAGAGCCUGGAAGGCGAUCAGCUGA